GUCCUACUUUCGGGCGCUUGUGCGUCGGCUCGCGCGCCCUUCGCGGAGUGCGCCCGCGCACCUCCGAGAGAUUCGGGCACUGGAGAGGGGCGGCCUGCAACAGACUUGCAGGACAUGCUACGAAAAGAUAUCUUGCGGAACUGGUCCAAUUUGUCGCUACUGGGCUGGCUCGGCCGUGCAUACCUGUCCUUCGGAUGGCUGACCUCGCUCUGGCCACAGCUGUUUCGACUGUCGCCGUACGAGGACGGCUUGCUUUUCCAAGAGCUGGCUAAGUCCGAGGGUGGCUCCAUGGAGUACUUGACUUGCACCCUGAAAGAAAGCAGCGUCUUGGCGCGGGGCCUGCCUUUGUGCUUCCGCUUCCGGAUCGCGCGCGGGCCAGGGAACGAGUCGUUCUCUAUAUCCAGCGCAAGGCUGCGUCGCAUCGGGUGUGAUCUCUUGGAGCGGUCACAGCGAGCGCAACCGCCGCCCGGCAAGAUCUCGGCUGCGGACCUUUGCGACCGGAUCAACGGCAAUGAGGAUGUCAAGCGGCUCGUCGUGGAGUCUCUCACGGAGGCCAUCUUUGGGCCCUUGGCCCGAGUAGCCCGACAGGCGGAGGAGGCCCUCGAGUUGGAGUCCAAGCAGGGCGUCAUUCCGUUCAGCCCGCGCAAGGAGUUCUGGGCCAAGGAGGGCAGUGCUGAGAAAUGGCUGGAGUGCAUCAAUGGCUACUACUUUGCGCAGGCCAUUCUGGACGUGGUGGGUUUUGCACCACGCGCCCGAUCGACUGAAAGGGAUGGUGCCGGGAUGAGCUUCUUAUUCUACUACGACCCUACCGAGCCACUGAACUCCGAAGACGUGCCUCUGCUGUGCCUGUUGAUGCUAACAACUUAG